CCAAUAUUGAAAUCAAUAAAAUGACUCUUCCAGUAACAGGCAAGUCCGGCAAGGACACCCUCGGAGCACGUCUUGAGAACGACUUUGAGAAACGACCCGACCCCGUCUCACUAACCCAGAAUCCCGAUCCCUCGCAGAACACCUCUUCAGGCGUGGACUACGAACCGCAUCCUGAGAACUCGAUCAAACUAGAGCCGGAAAGGGAGAAAAUCGUACAAUCCAUAUGCAACUUGUACUCUGGAAGUGCAAGCAAAGAUGACAUGAUGGUGUACGCUAAAGAAGCUGUAUACGACGACCCGUGGAGUUACUGCGACACGCGAUAUAAGAUCGCGGGACAAUGGUACGGCAUACCAAUACUCAUGAAAAGCAGUCGGACUAUCAAAACAGAAAUCGUCUCAUCAAAGCCCGAUGAGAUUAUCUUCAAGUUGCAGCAGGAGUAUACGCCGAAGCCUGUGCCUAUUGCGAAGAAAGUUAAUAGUUUGGUUACGUUGACGCUUGAUCAGGAGGGGAAAGUGAGGUAUCACAAGGAUAUGUGGAAUGAAAAGGACUAUAGUCAUGAAGGUUUGGGCAAGAUUUUAAAGGAGUUGAAUGGGGAUCAUUUGACGAAGAUCACGAGACCCCCGGAAGAUCUUUGAGGAAGUCAGGGUAAUAGAUGGAUGGGGGGGUUUUGUUUGAUCAUGUUUCCUGUUGUCGUGGAAUCUGUUAUUAGCGCGCGCUUCCAAAUGUUGAUGUGUACUGAUGGCUUUUGACCCGAGCAUGAGUGAGUAGAAACGAAAUUACAAUCAAUUGCCAGUG